AUGGGCGGAGUAGAUGUGAUGGACCGCCUCCUCGGAAGCUAUCGACCGAGACUGAGGAGCAAGAAAUGGUGGUGGAACCUUUUCAGCAAUGGUUUGAACAUGGCUGUCGUCGCAGGAUGGCUCCUCCACUGCGAGGUUCACAGGGGAAGUGAUGCCGCCAUGACGCACAUCGCCUUUUGGCGGGACGUCACCCUGUCCUUGCUGCAGCUCAAGCAGAAACUCACUGCAAGACCUGGACCCCGGGUUCAUCUGAGACAUGAGGACAGAAAAACUGAUGGCUACUACAUCAUCUCAACGACUCGGGGAAGGUGCGCGGAAUGCUAG